AAAGCUAGCAAGCAAACAAGAAGAAAAAGAAGAAAAAUAAAAACAAAAAGAAGAAGAAGAAGAAGUUGAAGAAGUCCAAAUAAAUCAAAGAGAAAACAAAUGAAGGAAUCCCCUCCAUCUUCAUCUUCAUCUUCAUCCACAUCCUCCCUUUCAUUCACUGAUGCUCUUUGCUACCAAAAACCAAAGACCAAGGGAAGCAAGAAGAGUUCCAUCAAUGGUGGCUCUGUGAAGAGGAGCUCUGUUUACAGAGGUGUCACUAGGCAUAGAUGGACAGGGAGGUUUGAAGCUCAUCUCUGGGACAAACACACCUGGAAUCCCAUUCAAAACAAGAAAGGAAGACAAGUUUAUUUAGGAGCUUAUGAAGAUGAAGAGGCAGCUGCUCAUACUUAUGAUCUUGCUGCCCUUAAAUAUUGGGGCACUGAUACCAUCCUUAACUUUCCUGUUGAAACAUACAUGAAGGAGUAUGAAGACAUGCAAAAAAUGAGCAAGGAGGAGUAUUUGGCUUCUCUUAGGCGUAGGAGUAGUGGCUUCUCAAGGGGUGUCUCUAAGUACCGUGGAGUUGCAAGGCACCAUCAAAAUGGGAGGUGGGAGGCUAGGAUUGGCAGGGUUCUAGGCAACAAAUAUCUCUACUUGGGGACUUUCAAUACUCAAGAAGAAGCUGCACAAGCUUAUGACAUUGCUGCCCUGGAAUACCGAGGACUCAAUGCAGUCACCAACUUCGACCUCAGUUACUACAUAACUGAUCUGCAGCCACAACCUUCAAUGCCGCAGCAGCCACUGCCAAUAUGUACACCGUCAUCGAUCCAACUCCCGGAAUUCAAGUUAGAAGAACAGAACCAAAACUCAUCGUCUUUCCAGGAAUCCCUCGGCAUUACCUCUCAACAAGAACACCAACCCUUGCCAUUGUCAGACCAUCCUGUUGUUGAUCACAGUAACACAGAGCUUCUCCCUUGGAACAUUUGCAUGGAGACCUCUCAUGUAUCCAUUGAUCAUUCCAGUGAUUUGAGCUAUUUCUUCGAUGACGCCAUCUUCGAGGGCGAUAUCGAACACUUAUUUGCAGAUAUUGGCAGUGCAGAGACUGAGGAUGGUUCUACUAAGCUUCAUAGCUGAAAUUGUUAUCUUGGUUUGUUUUCAAUGUGGAGAUCUUCUCAGGUGCAGUUUUGUGUGAAAAAAACCAAGGACAUUAUGAGGGUCUGACAAGGCCUAUUGUUUGUGAUCUGCUUGCUUCUUUUGUGAGGUUUUAGGGCAAAAGAAGCUGUAACAGGUUCCCAUAUAGGGAAUGCCCCAUAGCUAUUUUUAGUACCCUAAAAUUUCUUUUAUUCUUUUGGUUAAGAACUCCUGAACAACUAUUAUUCUAUGUAUGUGCAAAACGUUCAGCCUUUUAAUAUUUAGUUCUUAUUUUAA